CGGAAGUAAACAACAGCAGCAUAAGGUCUAUGCCAAUGGUCUAUGCCCGUAGCGUUAGCUGCAUAUGCUGCUGUUGAAUGAGCUGGAAGACGCAGAUCAUUCUUUCAGCUGGAACUAAGCAACAAUGGCUUCAGUUGAGUGUUUGAGAGAGUUUGUCACCGAGCGACUAACUGCUGCUGCUGAAGAAAUAUUCACAGCUGUUGAAAAAACUAUCGUCGAGUACGAGGAAGAGAUCGCUCGGCAGCGCAGACUGUUGGAUGUCGUUUGGAAACCAGAAAUAAAGUUACACAGGAUAGAGCUCCCACAGCAACAUGUCUGUAAGGAGGAGAAGGUUCUCUCUGACCAGCAGCUCUGUAUUCAGGAGAGGAACUCCAGUCUGGACCCAGAGGACCCAGAGCCUCCGCAGAUUAAAGAGGAACAGGAGGAACUGUGCACCAUUCAGGAGGGAGAGCAGCUUGCACUGAAGCAGAAGACUGAUACCUUUAUGUUGACUCCUACUUAUGAGGAAAGUGACCACAGUGAAGGUCAGACUCUGAACUUCAUGCCCGAUGAUGGCACUCUAACUGCAGCAGAGAAAGAGUCUGUAGCCAACAUGCCAGUUAUAACCUCUGUGGUAUCGGAAGGAAACGGUGACCACCAGCUUCUCUCUCACAACUCUCAUGAAGCCGAGAGCCAAGAUCAGAAAGGUCACAGCAACAUCGUAGACGGCACUAACUUGUCAGAGAGUCACCCUAAUCCUCAAACAGGUAAAAAGUCUUUCAUAUGUGACACAUGUGGGAAAGACUUUAAGUAUAAUUCAUAUUUGCAGAGACACCUGAGAAUCCACACGGGUGAGAAGCCUUAUUCUUGCAAAAUGUGUGGAAAAGAUUUCAGACGUAAACAUAACCUGGAAAAUCACUUGAGAAUCCACACAGGUGAGAAUCCGUAUGUUUGCAUGAACUGCGGGAAAAAAUUCUGCGACGCCUCAGCGUUAAAAAGGCAUAUGAGAAUCCACACAGGUGAGAAGCUGUAUGCUUGCAAGAACUGCGGGAAAAGUUUCUGCGACGUUUCAACAUUUAAAAAGCACGUGAGAAUUCACACAGGUGAGAAGCCCUACAUUUGCAAUACUUGUGGGAAAAGAUUUUUGGACACUUCAUCAUUAAUGAGGCAUAUGAGAACCCACACAGGCGAGAAGCCGUACGUUUGCAAGACUUGUGGGAAAAGAUUCUGUGACACUUCAGCAUUAAUAAGGCAUAUGAGAAUUCACACCGAUGAGAAGCCGUAUUCCUGCAAAACGUGUGGAAAGGAUUUCAGACAUAAGGAUGCUUUUAACGUCCACAUGAGAACCCACACAGGUGAGAAGCCGUAUUCCUGCAAAACAUGCGGGAAAGAGUUUGGGCAAAAUAGCAACUUGUCGGUCCACAUGAAAAGAGCCCACACAGGUGAGAAGCCGUACGUUUGCAAGAUCUGCAGGGAAAGAUUCUUUGACUCUUCGGCUUUAAAAACGCACGAGAACGCACACAGCUACCUUGCAUCAGGGAGUCAUCUGGUGAUCCAUCAGUAUCCAUUCUGGGAUAGCAUAGUUCUUGUGAUCCAAAACCGAAAAAAAAAAGAAAAAAAAAAGUAGAUCCAUCAAUGAAGGUGCGAGUAAGUAAGCCUACUCACAUUACAAUAUUCACAUUAAUAGCAGCAAAAUGUGAACCUGUUACUUACCUGGAAUUUCCGAACCAGUUAGCCAUCUUCCUGUAAUAAGGGAAACCGCUUGUUGUAAAUAAACUAUGUAUUUUUUUUAUACAGUAUGUGAAUGUAUGUGUUCUGAUUAAAAGGAGAAAUGUCUCCUUAUGGGAACAUCUCAGUAUGGGGGGGGAACAAAAAGGUUGAUUUUGAUUUUUUACAGUUCAUAUAUUGCAUUGAUUUGAUGUUUUUAGAAUGGAUGGAGCAUGGAUACACGGGGAGUGGUGGCCUAGAGGUUAGAGAAGAGAGCUUGUGGUCGUCGGUUCAAAUCUGGGUGGGGAAAGUGAAGGAGCAGCGCUUGUCCCUCCCUCAUUAAUACCAUUGAGGUGCCCUUGAGCAAGUCCCUUACCCCCAACUGCUCCAGGUGUGAAUGUGUGUGAAUGUGACCAGGUGGUUCUUCUGAAAAGUUAAAGCAUCGGAGUAUAAAAAUUAAUUUUUUUCAUCUGGAUUUGCAAGUAUGUAUUUAUCUUGUGAUUUGUUUGUUUAUAUGCAUUUCCAUGUAUUGUGUUUGUUUGUAAAGGAAAAAUAGGGAAGUGAGAAAUGGUGAAUGGAAUUCAAUAAAAAAAAUAAAAUAAAAUUAUAUAUAAAUGAUAUAGGUUGCAGAGUGGAACAAUAAUUUACCAUCAGUGGAACCAUCUCCUUAUAUUUAGAGAGCCUUUUUGUGGUGCUUUUCUUACCACUUCUAUAUCAAUGUGGAUGUUUCCGCAACCAGGCGGGCCUUUUCAAUUGCUUUGCUGUAUGAGUCUUGAGAUAUUAAUUUGGUGAAAAGCAUUAAUGCAAAAUGCAUUCUCAUUCCAUCCUAACAUAUAGAUAAAAUACAUGGCAUACUGUUGGGAACUCUGUUUGAAGGCUGGCUUUUACGGAAGCGUAUUGCAUUCACCAUAGAAAAAAAAAAAUUUAGAAACCUUAUCUCAUUAUUACGAGAUCCUUAUUA